AUGAAGAGAACAGCCCAACUUAAGGAACUCCCAGGCCAACAGGGGGGUCGAAUCAGCAAGAAAGCAACCCAUAGAAGACAAAAGAAUAAGCAAUUAAAGAAAGGGACAUCAACUCUCUGUCUGGCAACCCCAAAAGUGAGAAAACGCCAGAUCGAGGGGGAAGGCCGAACCACCAAGGUGCUAAGCAUGGUACCGGAACUCCGGCACGGGCAACCUCCCGAACCGAGGCAAGAGUCUCCAAACAGACAACCCCCAAGGAAUAUUCCACUACUGAGAGGAGGCAAAGUGAUAAAUGAAGGACCACGGACCAAGAUGAUCUCGAUGAGAAUACAGGACGGAGGAGGACUACAUGGACUGACGGUCGCUAAUAGAAUCCAGCUCGUAUAA